AUGAUUUUUGAUGGUGUCAAACAACUUUCGAAGAACACAAGAAGGAAGUUUCAUCAGCUCCCCUCCGUCUCUGCAAAAAGCAUCAUCGUACAGAUUUGCCAAGUAGAAGGAAGCUUCAUGGAUGAUGGUCCUCGGGGAAUAGAGAUUUUCCAAGAUCAUUUUCAAGUUCCAACAUCCGUUGCAAACACUUCUCAAACAAGCACUUCCACUUUUUCAGAUUCGAGGACUAAUAACUCUUUGAGGUCCCAUAGCCGUUUGUGGGCUCGAAGAAAAUUACAAAGCGCUGCAUCAAUGUUGAGCUUAUUCAGUUUAAAAGGUCUACCUUGGGUGUCUGGCGCUGGUGGUCAGGAUAAGGUUGUAUUAACUGCUACAGAAGUAGAGUCCCUUCGUUCCGAAGUUGCUGAUUUAGAAGAGAGAGAAGCUCAUUUGAAAGCACAGUUGGAACAUCUUGAUGAAAUUUUGCGUUCUGCUCAUCUGUCAGGCUAUUUGGAUAUGCGGACUAGAUGGGCAGCACUACCUGGGGAACCUCCUCCUAUUGAUGAUACUGAAGUUGACGACUGGCUUCCACGUUUUGUUGUUCUUCAUGGAUCAUGCAUCUUCCUGUAUUUGCUGUCCACAGAUUUUAGUCCUCAGGACUCCACCCUAUUAUCUGAUGUUGUUGAAGUAGGUCCCCUGCCAUCAUUCACACGAGAAGAUGAGGAAGUUCGAUAUUGCUUUUAUAUCUUAACUCGUCAUGGGCUGCGUUAUGAAUGCUCAAGUCUCUCUAAAAUACAGGUGGACUCUUGGUUGACGACAUUACAAGUCGACUGCAAAUUGGGUUCUGAUACAACUCUUGAGGAUUCGAGAAAGACGUGACAAUGGUAAUAUCAUUGGCAAAUUUGUAAUUGUACACUGUAAAUAGGUCCAGAAUGUAAAGCAGUACCUUGGAAUCUGAUAGUAUGAAGUUGAAAGUAAUUUCCAAGGAAAUAAUUCAUUAUGCUUUGUACAUAGCGUAACGCUCUUGUAGAAGAAGAAGCCUUGCUGUAUUUACUGAUAUAAGCGACAAUAGUUCUCGGAACUAGGAGAGCUACACCGUCAAGCUGUAUUUUUGUUGAGCACUGAACUGUGCGUUUCUAGCAUUUAAACCAUAUCAGGCCUUUAUGCACUACUUGUAGAAAUGCCCAUUCAAACAAACUCUUGAACGGUAGCUGUUGGAACUGGUACUGUUUGGUUUUGAUAGGUAGCUGUGGCUUCCACUCUAGGUUCCGCUGUGUAAGGCAGUACUUUGAGAGUUGAGUAGCACACAC